UGGCAAGAAAGUUGAAUCAUAUAGAAAUUUUAUUUUGAGAGAGAGAGUUCUCCGAACGGAUCGUAUUGUGUCUAUAAUUUUUGGUUUCUUGCACGUCGAUAUAAUGUCAAAUACAGUUCUGAACAAGCCUGAAAAAUCGGAGUAUCAUAAGGCCGAAUAUAGAGUCGUUAGAUUAACCAACGGUUUAACAGCUUUGUUAAUAUCUGAUCUGGAAGGAGCGAAUAAUGACAAUAUGAAUUAUAAAAAUUAUGAAGCAGGUUGUUCUUCAACUAAACGAGUUGAAAGAGACGUAUGAAAGACAUGGUUGAUGGUUAUUGCAUAUUUGACAGAUGUGAAAAGGAAGCGCUUGCAAUGGAGAACAUAAAUAUCUAUAAGCUGAGAGAAUUUUUCGGAAGGCACACAUUGAACGGAAGUAGUUUCAGAAAAUUGAGCGUACACGUGGUAGGAACACCAAAGGAAGUUGCAGCCAAUGCAAUGAAUCCUCAAUACUUUCUUAAGGAUUUGAUAAUCGACGAUUCGCAGCACUAUAGUGCUACAGAUUAUCAUAUUACUAACGUAAGCGAAUACAAAAAAGAAGCUACUUGGUCGCCACCUUUAGAUGAUGAGGAAGGAGAUUUAAUCCUAUCGUCCUUAAAGCGCUUAUUAAGUGAUAUAUAA